UGCUGCUGCUGCUGCUGCUGCUGCGCCUGCCUUGGAGAAAGAGCCACAAACAGAAGAUGAGGUUACUAACAUUUUGGAAAAAGAACCAGCAAACAUUGAAACUACAAACAACGAAGAAGAAAUCCCAAAGAAGAAUAUUGACUUGGCAGAGGCUUUACCUACUAGUGGACCUCGAUUGACUUUACCCAGUCGUACUAGUCGACCUAGUAAUCGUGCCAGUCCUCGACGACCUCCUACCAAUACCAAUGAUAGUCCUAGUCAAACUGAACUUUUACAACAAGAACUGGAAAAGGCUCCUGAAGAAGAGAAGCCAGUGGAUCAAUCUUCACCUUCUUCACCACCUCCAAAACCAAUCAAACCCAUCUUUGCCAAAUUCCCUACACCUUUUGCUAUGGGAGGAGAGGGCAUCUCGGCCAAGAAUUUGAAGCCUGUACAAAGACGAAUGUUUGAACCUGCUCCAGCCCAUGAAUCGACUGUGACCACAUCCAAUGAUGAUGAUAAGAAUGAAGAACCUCGACCUACUGGUGGUGUUCGCGGUUUGGCGUCUCGAUUUGCUGGCAUUCCUCCUAGUGGUGGUGGUAAUGAAGUAUUGGAAACCAAAUUGAAGAAUUUUACCAAGAAUGAGGUGGACAAAGUACGCAAGGAAUUUGAAAAGACACUAUCUGAAGAAAGAGCAAAACGUGAAGCAUUGGAACAAUUGGUUAACUCUUUGGUGGAAACUAUUGAUCAAUUACAAAAAGGUUCUUUAUGAUAAUUAAGGAUUCUAGAAUGUAAGCCUUUUUUGAUAUUCUUUUUCUUUUUUUUUUUUUUAUUUUUAGUAUGAAUAGGAUUAGAAUAGAAGGUUUUUUUUUUAUUUUAUCCAAUAAACAAACAAACAAACAAAAGAGACAUUGUAUAAUUGUUGUCAUUUGUCUAAAGGCAUAGAAUUCAUCAGGGACAGACUUUUU